AUGGACUCAAUGGACACCUCCAAUCUGGACGACCUGCUGCACCGGGCGGAGCAGCUGACGGCGAGCAUCGACGGCAACCUGGAGAUGCCGCGCAUUGAGCGCAAUCUGAAGCAGCUUCUCGACGCCAGCGACCAGAUGUCGGCGAGGACGACCAGCGGCUUCGCCUCCAAGGAGGUGAUCGACGUCCGUGCCUCCGUCCUCCUCGGCUCCAAGGGCUUUGACCUGCAGAAGGUGACGCAACAGCUCGACUCGCUCAAUGCGAUCAAGAAGACGGCGGCCAGCGUGCAGGUGGAGGCCGCCGCCGCCGACUCGGACAUCAAGGGCUUCCUCAAGAAGGAGUACGAGGACGCCAUCAUGAAGAACAUCGAGACGGUACGGACGUCGACGAUCGAGGCCUCGGACGCCUUCUACCUCAACUUCAUUCAGAAGGAGUGGGAGGACCAGAAGACGCGCAUUCUCAACGCCCUGGUCGGCCCGGACGAGAUCAAGGAGAUGUCCUUUGACAUUGCCCUGAAGUCGCCCAACAAUACCACCACCGCCAGCCAGGCGUCACCAGCGGGCGGAGGACUGGCGCAGCAUCAAUCAGGCCGCACGAAGCUCUACUUCGACCGGACCUUCAUCGACAAGACGGCCAUCUCUUCGAUGAACGCCUCGGAGAUGGCCUUCGCCAAGGAGGUGGUGAAGUACGUCGACCAGGUGGUGAACACCUCCCUCAAGUCGGACAUCACCCGCUCCUUUGCCACCGUCGCGCGGAACAUCAUCGGCGAGAGCUCGGUCAUCGACCUCUGGCACAUGGUCUCGCUGCUGAUCAACAGCAGCAUUCCGCAGAUCAGCGAGGCGGACCCGCUCAGUCGGCGGAACAGCCUCAAGCUGAACGGCUACUUCAUCGGCCAGGCCUGCGCCUACCUCGAGGAGAAGUUCGUCCAGUCGAUGCAGGGCAUGGUCAACUCGCCCAUCGGCCAGGUGGUGAACGCCGACGUGGUCUACUCGCUGGUGCGCGACUACCUGCACAUCAAGACGCCCUACUACUCAAAUGCGGCGGCAGCUGGGUCUGCUAGCGCUGUCUCGCCCUUGCACCACCACUCACACCAGCCACAGCAGCAGCAGCUGAUGCACAGCUCCUCCUUCAGCGGCCUCCAAUCGCACAGCGCCUCCUUCUCCUUUGGAGGUCCCUCGCCCUCAAAGUCCAUCAACAGCAGCGGCGGCGGCUGCGAGGACGGUGCCGUGGAGGGCAUCCCACUGUGGUGCUUUCUCUUCUACUGCCUCCGCGCGGGCUCCAUCGACGCGGCCAUCAGCGUGGUGCAGAAGAUGCAGCAACUGCCCGGCGGCGGCGGCCAGCUGAAGGCCGAGCUGACGAACAUUCUGCGGGAGUACAAGCUGAGCAACGACGGCCAGCUCAGUCGGAAGACGGAGGAGACGCUGAAGCUGCACUACCAGCGGACGGUCCGCCUCAGCGGCGACGUCUACAAGAAGUCAGUGUACGCCAUCUUUGCCCGCUGCGCCCACGAGGACUUUCACCCGGAGGUCUUCGACAAGGUGGACGACUUUCUGUGGAUCAAGCUGAAGAAGGUCUCAUUUGCCAGCAGCAGCUCGGAAAUCGACGGCGGCCCUAGCAGUAGCAUCAGCCACAGCAGCAGCGCCGACCAGCAGCAGCACAGCCUCAAUCUGCCCGACCAGUUCAGCCUGAGCAAGUUCAAGCGGGAGAUUCUGGAGGAGCUGGGCGAGUCGUACUUUGAGGCGGCCGAGCAGCCCUUUCUCUACUUUCGCGCCCUCUUCCUCACGCUGCAGUGGGAGGCGGCGGUGGAGUUUCUCUUUCGCUUUGACGCCUACCGCUGCUACGCGCUGCACAUUGCCCUGGCGCUGCACGAGCACCGCCUGCUCAUUCCCUCUGCCCACGUGAAGCUGUCCAUUCUCAGUCGGGUGGCCAGCGACCCGGUGGAGACUCAGCGGCUCAACCUGGCCAAGCUGAUCAGCCUCUACACGAAGAAGUUUGAGGCGACCAACACGGUGGACGUUGUCUACUACUACUACUUUCUACACGACCUGCGCACGCCCUCGGGCGAGUCCCUCUUUGCCGGGUACGUGUCGGCGCUGGUGCGCGAGACAAAGGCCUACGACGCGCUGCUCGGCUACGUGAACGGCGCCGACGGGGUUCGCGUGCCCGGCGCCAUUGACAAGUUCAAUCAGUUUGACGCGGCGCUCAUCAUCACCCAGGUGGCCAUUGACCUGGAGAAUGAUGGGCACUUUGAGGAGGCGGUGAAGCUGUACGACCUGGCGGGCAGCCACGGCAAGGUCCUCUCGCUGCUCAAUAAGAUGCUCUGUCCGCUGGUGGCCCACCACAAGGGCGUCGACACGAAGCGGGAGAAGAUUGAGGCCUUUGCCAUUCAGAUUGCAGAGAGGUACUGCAACCAAAAGUGCAAGGCCAGCCGCGAAGUGACCUCCACCUUCUACCUGCUCAUUGAUCUGAUGACCUUCUUUGACCUGUACCACAAUCGGCAGUACAAUGAGGCGCUCGAUACAAUCAUCAAGCUGAACAUCUUUCCCCUGCGCGCGGCGGAGAUUGACGGCAAGGUGAACGACUUUGCGCACUACUCGGACGAGGUGCGGCGAAACAUUCCCGACCUGCUGCUGGCCACCAUGGACAUUCUCUGCUCGCAGUACAAGGAGGUCAAAUCUUCUAUUCCGAAGGUGAUCAACAAGUUUGGCUUCAUCGGCGACGCCUCCAAUAAAGAGCAGCUAUGCUCGGAGCUGCGGGAGAAGGCGCGAUCGCUGAUUACGUUUGCCGGCAUGGUGCCCUACCGAAUGCCCGGCGAUGCUAAUGCUAAGCUCAUUCAGCUGGAGUCCUCUAUGGCUUAG